AUGAAAACGUUUUGUGCUACCUGGGAUGUGCCUGUUAAUACCGUUGUAGAAAAUCGUAUUUCUGCCACCAGAACUCCAGCACCUCAUAGUCCCGAUACAUUGGUCUAUGAGAUCAUUGGUGAAUAUCCAGCUCAGAGCUUCUUUGGCGUCGAUCGUCUCACAGGACAAAUCAGUGUUAUUCAGGAUCUCCGCUUGGAUGGAUUGAAGACCACUCAAUACAAGAUUCUAAUAUUGACCUAUGGAACAGAUAAGCCAGACCUUAGAAGUACAGCUACAGUGACAAUAGAUGUGCAGAGAAACUUGAAUGGUCCCAGAUUCUUUCCACAGUCUGACUCUAUCGAGCUUCCCGAAACAACAAGUACAGACUUCUGGUCCAUGCCACAAAAUGUUACUGAUCAAGACAGUUCCAAGAUCACUUGCUCCAUCAUUGGAGAUACCAAAUCUGUUGAGUACUUCCAAGUUGAUCCCAAUACCUGUGUUCUCUCCCUGAAAAAGUCUCUUAAAGAUGACCCAGACCUUACUACAACUUACAAUGUUUUGAUUGAGGCUGUAGAUAAUGAACAAUCUCCACUAACCAACAAAAAGACCAUAACAAUCACUGUUUUCAGGGAUGCCAGCCCACCAAGUUUCCAGAAUCUUCCAGCUACAAUUACCAUUAGUGAGACCAGGACAGUUGGUGAUUCAGUUUAUGCUGCAUCAGCAACAGAAAAUUGGAGGGGCAAAAUUCAAUAUGAAAUUGUUGGCGUUUAUCCAGCUCCUUCAUUUUUUGAUGUUGAUAAAUAUUCUGGAGUUAUCCGAAUUAUCCGAGACCUCAAAGAAGACCGAAUUGCAACAGAAAUAUACACUUUAUUAAUUGCUGUGUAUGACACAAAAAAUCACAAUAGCAAAGCAACAUCAGAAGUAAUAAUCAACGUCAAGCGCAAGCCAGCAACCUUUGAAUUUUCUCAGACAAUUUAUGUUGUGCAGUUACCGGAAAUCACACCUGUGGGCAGCAGAAUUUUACAAGUCUUUCCAGCAAACGCAAGUGAUAGUGCAAUCUAUGCCAUUGAAACCUCAUUUCCUUUGUCUGGAGUUAACAUCUUUAAUAUGGAUGCAUUUAAUGGGAUCAUUACUACAAGGAUGUCCCUUCACAGUGGAACAAAUUACUUUUAUCAACUGGAAGUAAAAGCAACGGACAAAUCCAACCCUCUCCGCACUGGUGUAACCACUGUAUUUGUUAUCGUGGAGGAUUUCUGUUGUCUAUCCAACAACAGGACGUGUGAACUGAACAGCAAUGCACCAAUCUUCAGCGCACCACUGUAUUUUGUUAACGUGAUGGAAGGGGACUAUUCGACAAAUAAUCUACCGCUUAUAGAGGUAUCAGCAAGUGAUAAUGAUUUUGGACCUGAUGGUAACCUUGUGUUUGAAAUACAAAGUGUGUCAAAUAAUGGGGAUGGAAAAUUUCAAAUUCAACAGAAGCCGUCAGAAAAGAAAGCAACUCUUAUUUGCAUCGGUAAAAUCUCAAGAGACUUGACCUAUGUAAUUGUGGUUCGUGUCUCUGAUCAAGCAAUCCACGUUUCUAGAAAAAGAAGUUCCUCUGUUCCUGUAGAGAUUAAAGUAGUACCAUUUAGAAAAUAACGAACACGUUCCAGUCUUGUAAACUUUCAUGUACCAAUUUUUUUAAUUUUAUGGGUAAUGAAAUAUGUGUAAAAAUUGACAAUUUCGACAGUUCUGGGUGAUAUCUUUCAGUUGAAAUUAAUAUAAGAUUGCCUUUUAAUAGAAAUCCCGCGCAAACAUGGAAAAUAACACUUAGCCAUAAUAAUUAAUUAUGUCACUUCCUGAAGCAACGUCCUCGUUUUAUGCGUAUAUCGUUUAUCUCUAUAUAUUUCAUAUAUACAGUAGAGUUGUGGAACACAAUCUGUUCUAAGUUCACAAAUUCAUAUUUAAGGCUAGCUGGGUCAGUGUCAGUGGUUUAAUAUUGUAAUUUCAACAGGCGCGAGCGCGCAUAUUAACUGGUAAUUUUAAAACAAAGUUGCCAAUACAAAGUAUCUGCCCGAUGCAUGAUAAACUUGCCUUACAUUAUCCGCCAUAACAUUAUAGUUAGUCAACCCGCGGUUUUGUGUACCCCGUUUUGAAAAUUUCUUUUUAUCAACCUAAAAUCGCGUACUCAAGAAACGAAUUGGCUCAAUUUGAUUUUUCAAAUUUUGUUUAAUCCUAAUUUCUAUGUAUACUAAAAAAAAUUACCGAUGAAUAUAUCUACCCGUUGCGUAAUCAUUCAAUUUUUUUUUAAUUGCAAGUAUACAAUGUGAUACAAACUUUAACAGACUUGGAUCUAGGGUUAGGGUUAGAAGCGUUUAAAGCGUGUCCACCACCCUCCUCUCAUUUUCGAUAUUUCGGGCCAGUGUAAAGAAAAUUAAAGUAGGUUUUUAAGAUAACAAAAUUAUUUCUCUCUAUUAACAAUUUGAUUAUUUUGUUUUACUUUUUACCGAUGACUAAAUUGAUACUGGUUUCCACAAGAAGUUUUUAUUAACAUACUUGUAUUAAGAUUAAGAAGUACAAUUACAAUUUAGUAUAUAUCCAAAAAAGUUCGAAGAUUUUUUUUAUCUCCUGUGCAGAUUAAUUGAAAGUUAAGAGAUGACAUUUUUAAUCUGUAUGAAAAUGUUUAUAUUGUAUAUAUGUUCAAAACUUAUCCAAUAUACCUAAUGAAUAAACUG